AAAUUCGCGAUGAGUUAACCUGUAAAAAUUGUUCUUUCAGCUUCAUUUUUUUUUUUCAUAUUUCUCAAUUUUGUGGUGUAACUAAAAAUAAAGAAUUAAGCAGACAAGCAUACCAUUUAUCAUCUUUACGUGACUUUCUUAUCUCCAAAUUCAUAUAAUUUAUAUGGAUCAAGCAUUGUAUAUAUCUAUAGAGAAUCCUACACGUCCAUUCAUCCAAAAGGAUUUUGUUAAAACGAUUAACAGUUCAUAUUUUUAAAGCAAUAUCGCAUUGUCAAAAUAGAUAAUAUCAAAAGGCAACAAGGGAUAAUAUAACGGUUAAUCCAUCACAAUCAUAAUCGAAUCAUGUCGUAUAAUAGGGGUGGUAGUUAUUAUAGUCCGCGAUAUGGGAAUAACAACUCUCAUAAUCCAUCAAAGAAGUAUGAUUCCCACAAUGAAGGUUCCAAUAAUAAUUUAAACGCCAACAGUCCAGCAAAUUCAACAACUUCAUCUGCAUCUUCAGCAGGUAGUCAAGGGUCGUCUAAUCCUAGACGAGAAAGAGAUCAUUAUUCAGGAUCAGCCUCAGGUCGUUAUGAUGGUACUAUUGCCAAUAAUGGUAAAUAUAAUAAAUAUCUUCCUAAGAGUAGUAAUGUUAAUUCAACUUCAGAUUCAAAUAAGAAUAGUUCUUCAACUUCUAAUAAUAAUGGUAAUCCAAAUACUUAUUAUGGUUCAGCUUCAUCAUCUAAUAUUAAUAGUAAUGUAUCAUCAAAUAUACCGAAAAGAAGACCAAACGCUGAAAGAUAUGAUUCUUAUACUUCUCCAUCAAUCGGAGGGAAAUUAUAUUCAUCAUCAGUAUCAUCAAAUGAUGAUCGUUUACAUAGAUCUUAUUCUGAGAAUUCCAUAAAUAAAGAUAAAAAGGGUCCAUCUUCAGGUUUGAAUCCAGGCUCUAGAUCAUCAUCCCAUCAUCAUUCAACCCACCAUUCAACAUCAACUUCAUCAUCACGCCCAUCUCAUAAUCCUACAUCUUCUAAUUCAAAGAUACCAACUUCUAGUAUUCCAACUUCAACUUCUACAGGAUUCAGAGAUGAUAGACGAAAAUCAUCUUCAUCUAUUACUCCAUCUUCCUCCGUUAAUACAAAUAUACCUCAUAAUCAUUCUCACAGCCAUAGUCAUCAUCAUCAUGAAGAUAAAGAAUCUAAGUCUAAAUCUUCUUCAGCCAAACCUUUAUCAAAUAGUUCAUCAAAACCACCUUCUAAUGUAAGUUCGAGACAUUCAUCAAUUGGAAUAGAUAAUUCGAGUAGUGGAAUAAGAAGGAAGUCUUCUUUUCAUGAUUCUAAAACAGUAAGUCCAAUGACUGCAGCCAAUGAAUCUAAUAAAGACGAACCACAACACCUUAGACUUGAGAAGUCCAAAGAAAAAGAUUCAUCAGAUAUAGAAAAGUCAUCGAAGAACAGUGACUCUGUUGAAACAAGUAAUGAUAUCAUUAAAACUUCGUUUGCUGCUUAUGCUAAACUACAUAAAGAACAUAAAUCUCAUGAACAUGAAAAUAAUGGAGAAGCAGAACAGUCAUUCGGUGGAGCAGAAAAAUCAGUAGUGGGUGAUAGUGCAAGCUCAACUAAGGAUUAUGAUACUACUUCAACACUAAGCAGUUUGCCUUACUACGAUGCUAAAGCUUCGAUAACGAUAGAUAUACCUUUGGAUGAUACUAUUACUAAAUCUGAAACUGAUAAAAAGGAUGAUCAAACUAUAGAUAAUUCAGAAACUAAUCAAUCAAAAAAUACUGAGGCCGAAGAUGAUUCCAUUGUUUCAAAGGCACAAGAAAAUCCUGAUGAUGAACAAGAUGUAUCAAUGGAAGAAAAUAUACAAACAAUUGAAGUAAAAUAUCAAACUCACCAUGAGGCUCAAGAUCAAGAACAAAGUGUUCUGAAUGCUGCAGACAAGAGUGAAAUUAAAGAACAAGAAAAGGAAGAAGUUAAUGAAGACGUUACAUUAGAAGAUUCCAUUGUGGAGCUUGAAAAAAUCGAUGACGCUGGUGAAGAUGUUGUAUCAAACGAGAAUGAAUCAGUCACGGUAGCAAAAGAAACAUUAGGUACUACUAGUACUGGAGAUAUUUCAAUAUUAUCACCACUUAAAGAUAUACCUUCUGAAGACUUUAAUUUCAACGAACUUGCUACAAUUAAUGAAGGCGGUGAUACGUCUAAUGUGUUAGAAGAUAUCAAUGAAGAUGAAAUUGAAAAUGAGGAUGACAUAAAAUCACAUGAUGAUAUGAAUGAUGAUGAAAGUAAUGAUGAAUAUAAUGAUGAACAUGAGUUGUCUGAAGCUGAAACAGUGGUUGCAGAGAGUCCCCAGAGAGGUAUUAGAGGCCGCCGACUUAUUAGAAAGAAAGAAUUCGAUGAAGAGCGUCAUAACCUAAAGAAGAAAGCUUUGCAUUCUUCUGGUGAUAAAAAGGAGGAUGAAGAAGUUGAUGAGAAUGAUGAAGAUGAUUUUGAAGCUGCAAUGCAAGAUCCUGGACUUAGAAAUAUGACUGAUAAUGAGUAUAAUGAUGAUGAAAGAAGAGAUAUAAAUAAUGGUCGCCCUAAUGUCAGCGAUGUUAAUUCUGGUGAUGAAAUAAAACCAAUGUCAGGCAAGCCUUAUAAGAUCAAAAGAGAUGCUGGUGGAAGAUCAUUUUUACAAAGAGCUUGUAAGAAAGGGAGUUUGGAAGAAGUUAAAAAUUACAUAUCAAGAGGUGCUAGUGCCAAUGAAAAAGAUUUCUGUGGGUUCACUUGCUUGCAUGAAGCCGCUUUGGCAGGCCACACCUCAAUUGUCAAGUAUUUAUUGGAUCAUGGUGCUGAUGUAAAUGCUCAAUCUGAUGCUGCUGGUGACUCUGAUACUGCUUUGAUAGAUGCUGCUGAAAAUAAACACAUAGAUACAGUUCGAAUUCUUUUAGAAUAUGGUGCUGAUCCUACCAUCUACAAUAUUGAUGGAUUUACUGCAUUAACUAAAAUCUAUAAUGAACAUGCUGGCGAAAGAGCGUAUCUGGAAAUUAUAAAACUUUUAGAGAAUGCUAAUGCAAACUUCACUCAAACUCAAAAGCAUGAAAUUACUAGAGCUGCUUCUCCGCUGCCAAGAACUAUCGUGGAAGAUCCAAAUGAUACUUAUUUUGCUGAUCUUAUUAAGAGAAAGGGUAUCUUCAAAUAUGCUGCUGAAGGUUCUAAAGAAGUAACUGCAAACCAUUUUGUUUCCGGAAAUAGUCUUAGUGAUAAACCAGAUAUUUUAAUUCUAGCUGCUAGAAACGGUCAUGCCGAGUUAGUGGACAUUAUUUUAGGUUUGAAUCCAACUCCUUAUGAUAUUGACACAGAGAAUGACGUUGGAGUUACUGCGUUAUUGGCUUCUGUUGGAAGGGGACACUAUGAUAUUGUUGAAUCUUUACUUUCUAAAGAUGCCGAUCCCUUUAGAAAAAGAAAGCAAGAUAAUUUGAAUGCUUUGGAAAUUUCAGAAAGGUCUGUUCACUUUGACCCGAAGGAAAUAAAGCUUCUUGAAGAUUGUAUGAAUAAGAAGGUGGCAUCAAAGAGUGGUGACGCUUCCGCAAUUCAAUCUGGAGCCACAUCUGCUAUUGGUUCCACUGUUGGAUCAGAUGCCGAAGAUGGUUCCAUGACUCCCAUAUUUUCUGAUAGAGAAUCAAGUAAGUUGAUGAAAAUAAAAUUUAAUGACGAAAAGAAGAGGAAGCACGAAAUCUCACAUCCUAAGGCAUUGAAGAAGCAUAAAUCAGAAGUGAAGAUCAAACAACAAUCAAUUAAUGUUUCAAAACCUGACAUUUCACGAGACACUGCACACGAGUCUCCUAUUAGAAGAGAUCAAUCUAUGUCACCACCUCCUGAUAGAACUAAAAUUAGAAGUGCUAGUGCUUCACCUUCUCCAAGUCCUGUUCCUUUGACUAAACAACAAGAAGAGGCUAAAGCGAAAGGUAAUUUGGAAGCUAAGGUAUGGCGUGAAAAGGCAGAGGCCAAAAGACGUGCUAGAAAGGAAACAUUCUUAAAAUCUGAGAAAGAAAAAGAAAAGAGACGUAAAGAAGAAGAAGAAAAGAGAUUAGAAGAAGAACAAAGGUUAGCAGUCAUACGUGAAGAAGAAAGAAUUAAAUUAGCUCAAGAAGCUGAGACUAGAGCUAAAGAGUUGGGACAAGAGAGAAAGAAAUUGAUAAGUGAUAUGAUCAAGGAAAAUUUACCUGUUGGCUUGAGAACUUUUAGGUUUAAUAAUGAAAAUUUAACUGAAAAAGCUAUUGACAUGUAUACUCCAUUAUAUAUUUUUGAAAUUGAUAGAGUUGAUUAUAUAACCGAUUUACAAAUUACUUUGUUAACAAGUUUACAAACCCAAAGAGUUUUAAAGAACUUUAAAAGUGAUGAUGUAAUGGUUUGUAAUGAGACAGAUAAAUCUAAAUUAUGGCAAUUGUUUUUUAAUUUUAUUGGAAUUGAUAUAAAAGAUACUACUUUUGAUUUUAAAACUCAAAGGAGAGAGGGUCAUAAGCAUUUUCAAAAUUUGAUGAUUAGUUUAAUUAAAUUUGAAGAUACCGUUCCAUUUAUUAAGGAGCAAUUCCCCCUUACUUAUUCAUGUGUAUGGGAAGAUUUACGUAACAAAAGUACAAGAGUUAGUCUUGCGACUAUCCAACCUUACAGUGAAGAAUCUGAUCAUAAUCUUGUUGUUAAUGAAGAAGAUAUGGAAGUAGUGGUUGACACUAAGAAUAUCAACAAGUUCAUUCCACCACGAUUAGAAUUCAGAAAAGAUCCAAUUAGAGUAAUUUCCAACUCAAAUAGACCAUUGUGGUGAUUUCUAAUGAUAUCACCCUCAAACAUUUUAUUUCAUUAUAUAACUAUGUAUUAUUCUAAUUAUUAUUUAUUAAUUAUUUUUAAUCUUUAUUGUAGUUU